AUGGCAGACGCUCUCGGGCUCUUCGCCAACAUAAUUGCAGUGGUUGACCUCUUCAUCAAAAUCGGUGUGCAGUGCUCUAUAUACUGUUCAGGCGUCAAGUACGCCCCUCGUGAUAUUCGGCAGAUACUGAACGAAGCCGACAAAACCACCGCAACCUUAGAAGACCUCAAGCGUCUUCUUGCUAGUCCGAAUGGCGCAAGACUUUCUUCGUCGCAAAGAAUCCUCCGAAGCAUAGGGGAUGCUCGCUUGCAGCUACAAGACCUCGCCGUCAAGCUUGAAGGAGAAUUAAGGACAGGAACGGGAGCGAGCCUGCAGCGGUUAAGGUGGCCGCUGAAGAAAGAGCAGGUUGCCGGCAUAAUCAGUCAGCUUCAGAAAUGCAGGGCAUCAAUUGCUUUGGAUUUACAGGUUGAUCAAACUGCACUGCUUCUCAACGUACACCAGGAGGCUGUAUUGGCAAAGCUCAAAUCAGCCAAAGGAGCGGCAUUCGAUUCUCCCAGCCACGCCAACAGCUCCAGAUGCUAUUCCGGCACAAGAGAAGCUAUUCUGGAACAGAUCAAAGCAUGGAGCACCAGAUCAGAUGCCCAGUGCAUCUUUUGGCUGAAUGGAGGCGCGGGCACCGGCAAGUCGACGAUAUCCCGGACCGUUGCGCAGUGGUUUGUGGACAAAAAGAUGCUCGGUGCCAGUUUCUUCUUCAAACACGGAGAAGCUGAUCGUGGUAACAUGGCUCUUUUCUUCCCAACGAUAGCGUCUCAGCUUAUCCAGACAUUCACUCAGACUGCGCCACAUGUUCGAGCAGCAGUCGAGGCCGACCCUACCAUCUAUGACAGGUCAAUCAAGGAGCAGUUCGAUAAACUCAUUGCAGAUCCAAUCAAGAUGGCAUCUGAGGCUUCCAAGCUACCAACGAUAGUGGUUGUUGCCGACGCACUUGAUGAGUGCGACAACGAUGAGCAUGUGAGGUUGGUCAUUCACCUCCUCUCACAGACGAAGCAUUUCACAUCCGCCAGCCUGAAGUUCUUCGUCACCAGCAGACCAGAACUGGCCAUCCGACUGGGCUUUGCGGACAUCUGUGGACAAUACGAAGACCUAAUUCUCCAUCAAACACCUCGGGUUGCCAUUGAACACGACAUUACGUUGUUCCUGGAGCAUGAGAUGGCUAUGAUUCGGCAUGACUACAAUAAAUCUGUAUCCGGAAACAGGCAACUGCCACCAUCUUGGCCCGGUAACGACAAAUUUCAGCAGCUGGUUUCCAGGUCUGUGCCUUUAUUCAUUUUCGCUGCAACAGCUUGCCGCUUCAUCCAGGACCGAAGGAUCGGUGGGCCCAAGGAGCAACUGGCGAAGAUCUUGGAGCAACAGACAGGUCACGGAUCGAUAUCUAACUUGGACGCCACCUACCUCCCGAUAGUAAACGGACUCGUGGCAGGGCUUUCUGAUGCUGAGAAGGGUUUUGUUUCCGAGCGGUUCAGACGCAUCGUCGGCUCUAUAGUCACUCUGGCGAGCCCUCUUUGCGCACCGUCUCUCGCCCGUCUUCUGGAUAUCCCCCUUGAGACGCUAGAGGAUCAGUUAGAUCUGCUGCACUCCGUUCUUUACAUUCCCCCGGAUGCUCGCCAGCCAGUACGAAUACUACAUCUCUCUUUCCGCGAUUUCCUCGUUGAUCCAGCCAAGGCCAAUGAGGCAGACAGACAUUCGCUGUGGAUAGACGAGCGAAAAGCCCACCAAAUAUUGGCAACGCGUUGUCUAGAGCUGCUCUUGGAAGAAGGUACUCUGAAGAAGAACAUUUGCGACCUGAAACUGCCAAGCACUCCGCGAUCAGAUGUUAAACAAUCGGCCCUCCAAACCGCCCUACCAUCUGAGGUGCAAUAUGCCUGUCUGUACUGGGUUUUCCACUGGAAGGAGAGUAUGGACAAAAUCGAAGAUGGUGGGCUGGUCGAUCGGUUUUUGAACAAGCACUUGCUGCAUUGGCUGGAAGCCCUCGGCUUGAUUGGACGAACCGCGGAAGCAAUCGGAAUGGUAAACGAUCUGAUGAGAUUUGUUCAUCCCGAAAACGGUGUCUUUACCUCACUACUCCUUCGAGAUGUUCGACGAAUUAUCCUCAGCAAUCGGGCCAUCAUAGACAUAUCGCCUCUUCAAAUUUACUACUCGGCCAUUGUCUUCGCGCCGGAACAUAGCAUUGUCAGAACCCGGUUUCAAAGCGAACUACCUCCCUGGUUGACCAUAUCGCCGCCAGCCGCUUCCAGGUGGGAUGCAUGUCUACAGACGCUUGAGGGACACGGGACCUUUGUCAGCUCAGUUGCGUUCUCACAUGACUCAAAGAUGCUCGCAUCGGCAUCUUGGGGCGGUACGGCUAAGAUCUGGGAUGUUGCAUCCGGCAUCUGUAUCUCAACACUUCGGGAGGCCAUCUCGAAACCUCAAUUCUCGCACGUUGCAUUCUCGCAUGAUUCGAAAUUCCUUGCUUCAACAACGCCUAAUAACGACAUUGAGCUCUGGGAUGCUGUAACCAGCACUUGUGAUAAGAUUCUCAAAGGCCACCACAGCGUCAUCAGAUCCAUCGCUUUCUCACAUGACUCUAGAAUACUUGCGGCGGCGUUUCAGGACUGUAUUAUCAAGCUCUGGGAUACUAUAAGCGGCAUCUGCACUUUCAAACUCAACGGUCAUAGCAAGUCCGUCGAUUCGAUCGCUUUCUCGCAAGAUUUUACAACGCUUGUGUCAGCCUCAGCGGACUCUUCCAUCAGAUUCUGGGAUGUCGCAACCGGUGAUUGCGACUGCAUAGCUACACUCACUGGGCAUUCCAACUGGGUCAACUACCUCGCAUUUUUACCACAAUCAGAUGUACUUGUAUCAUCGUCGGGUGAUCGCACAAUUAGGAUUUGGGAGAUUUGCACUGCUUCCUGCUCAGCAACACUCGAAGGGCAAAGUGAACCCUAUACAGAAGCAAUCGCCUUGUCUCACGACUACAAUAUGCUUGCAUCAGGGAAGGACGAUGGAAGUAUCGAAAUUUGGAAUGUCUCGAAGAGAGACCUCCAAAUACGAUUUCGAGGGGCAAGUCAGAAUCCAGUACAUAUACUUGCCUUCUCACGCUGUUGCUGCUUGCUUCAAUAG